AUGUCCGGGACGCCUUUGGUUCGUCCAGGAGGUCAACCUCAACUCGAUUAUGGAGCCGUACUACCCUCACAGCCAACAACCACUCGAACGACCCCGGACUCUGGGUUGGGCGCUGAUGACCAAAUGAGACAUCAGGAACGUCGUGUUCCCCCACCAGGAUUCGCUCAUCCACCGCCGCAGUACCUUCCACAAGAUGGUGCUGUAAUGGGACCACAUCAACAGUCAGGUCCUGGCGUUUUUGGUACGUUGGUUCAUGCGAUCGAUUUUAAACGUUUACUGUAUGGGCAAUGUGAUGGAAACUUCGAUAAGGAAAAGAGAUGGUCCCAGUUGCAGGUCACGUAUGACGGUCCUUCGUCGUUUCAUCGCGGUAUGCGAUACGAAAACGACUCCUCCAUGAUGAGUGGCGAGCCAAUAAUGUUUAGUCGGAUCCAUCCUGGCAAUGGAAACCCUGCCUAUAAUGGGCCGCCUAUGCAACAAGAUCCUCAGCAGCAACAAGCUCCACAGCAAAUGAACCAGCCCCCACAAGCAAUGAUAACCGUUCAACAACGCGGUGGUGGCCAGUUCAUCAUGCCUGUGCCGCAUCCGCAGAUGGUGGCUCCCCAAUACAUUGGGCAACAAGUCGUCCCUGCUGGUAUGCAUUAUCCUCCGGCAGGGAUGUAUAUGCAACCAACAGUUCGGCCGGCUGUAUUUGUUCCUCGGGCGGAGGUUGGCUAUGCUCCUGUGGAACCGUCACAACAUGUAAUGGUUCCAAUGCCAUUUGUAGUACACCACAUGCCCCCGAACCAAGCUUCUAAUGACCAAGCACCGGCGCCAUACCAACAAGGCGUCGUGGAGCAACAACCGCCAAUGGCUAUGGAACAGUUUAGUGAACCCGAGUUUGGGUCCGGCAUAGCACCUGUACAGCCUGUGCGACCGAUGAGCAUGCCUCCGGGAAUGCCGACUGGAAUGCAGCCAAUGAUGGGAAUGAUGCCACCACAACAGCCAACACAUGAAUCUCGCAGUGCGACAUCGUCGAUCCCGCCGUUGGUCACACCAUCAACCGGUUAUGGUCCAUCGCCUCAUCCUCGCAUGUACGGAUUUCCUCCCAAUGCGAUGGCCCCGCCAUUCAUGAUGACCCCUCAUUUCGGCAUGCCCCAUAUGAUGCAGUCAUCACCAAGUCGAGGGCGUAACUCCCGCACCAGUUCGAACUUCCGUGGCAGCUCGUCAUUCCAACCCAAGAGUAAGCAGAGCAACUCGCCUCAGAGUUUCUCACGGCAAAGCUCCGUGGCUGAAACACCGAAAGACGAAGCAAGAGCUGCUGAAAUGAUAGCCGCUGCCAGUGCGGAGGUUGAGAAGUUGUCGCUGAAAGCAGGUGAAGCCAGCAGACUCGAAGCCGAGACUGUGCAGCAAGAACAAGAAGAAAAGAAGAACGAGCCUGUGGUGGAGGAAGAGGAGAAGAGGGAAGAAAAGACAGAAGCUCCACCGAGAGCUGAGUCACCUUCCGAAGUGAAAUCGUCUCCUGAGUCCGAGGUCACCAAGGAACUUCCUCCGCCCACAGUUGCUGAGACGAAAAAUGAUAAGCGUCCAACAGUUCCGGUGGUUGCUGUGGCCCCCGUGAUGUCGGUGAAGCCCGAGGUUGUGCAGACGAAAGAAAAGGAGCUCAAUGAAGACGAGCUUCCAGAAAAAGAAAAUCUGGAGCUGCGCAUCAAAGAUGCUCCACCAAUGGCCUCCGUCCAGCCGAUGCCGGCCUCAGACACAUCAACAACUCCUGUCAAGAUGGACUGCACAUUCUGUCGUAAUCUUGGUCUGUCUGAGGAGGUCGCUACCUCCCACGUAAUCCGUGCACCAGAUGGAAAGGUUACGUGCCCAGAACUACGCAAACGCUCAUGCAGUCUGUGUGGUGCAACGGGCGAAAAUUCCCACUCUGCCGUUUUUUGCCCGUUGAAAUCACAACAACCAAUGGGUGAGCCGGUGAGCGACACGCCCAGGAUAUCACAUAGUGCCCCUCAGAGACCACCUUCAACGUACAACAAGUCGAUGGGUGGCGAGAGGCGAGGUGGUUACCGUGGCGGCUACGGUGGUCCAGGAGGGCAUAGGGGAGGAUACCAACAAGGUCGCGGUGGUGGCCGAUUCCAAUCGGGAAACCGUCGUUUCAACUAA